GCUGUUGCCAGAAGCUUUCCACAACUUAACUUCCAUCCACAAACACCUCUCACGAAUAAUCCAACUACUAUCUGAGUGUAGUACUUGGAUCCUUGAGCUACUUAAGAACCGCAAACUUCAUCAGCGACUUUCAAGAUGUCAGGCAGCGCAGGUUACGACAGACAUAUUACGAUCUUCUCAGAUCAGGGAAGAUUAUACCAAGUUGAAUAUGCCUUCAAAGCUAUCACAGCUGCGAAUAUCAUGUCGAUUGGUGUCAGAGGAAAGGAUUGUGCUGUCGUUCUGUCGCAGAAGAAAGUCCCCGAUAAGCUCAUUGACCCUUCAUCGGUUUCUCACAUCUUCCAACUCUCACCCUCAGUCGGCUGUGUCAUGACCGGAUCCAUCGCUGAUGCUAGAGCAUCUGUCCAAAGAGCUAUUGGUGAAGCCGCAGAGUUCAGAUACAAGUACGGAUACGAGAUGCCAUGCGAUGCUCUGGCCAAACGAAUUGCCAAUAUCAGUCAGGUUUACACUCAGCGGGCAUACAUGCGCCCAUAUGGUGUUGCUACUACCUUGAUUUCAUUGGAUUCCGAGUACGGUCCUCAACUUUACAAGUGCGACCCAGCGGGCUACUACACUGGCUACAAGGGUACGGCGUCAGGACCUAAGCAGCAGGAGGCGUUCAAUCAUCUGGAGAAGAAGCUCAAGAACAAGGAUUGUGCAGAGGGCAGCUGGGAAGAUGUGGUCGAGCUUGCAAUUACGACUCUGAGCACGGUUCUCAGUGUGGACUUCAAAAAGGGCGAAUUAGAGAUUGGCAUUGUGGGUGGGCCACGCAAGGACGGGAAGGAGGGUACCGAUCCGGGAUUUAGGGCUCUGACAGAAGAGGAGAUCGAUGAGAGACUCCAAGCGAUCGCGGAGAAGGACUGAAUCGUUCGUCAUUGAAGUGGUGAUUUAUGAUAUCCAGAAGAGUGGAUUAGCGUUCGGCGUUCCCGACAAGACGACUGGUUACCGAAAAGGUUCUUUGCAGCAUCUACUUGCGAGCGGUGUAUUAGAACAGAGAGGGGUUGGCGUGAAGCCACAUCUUCUUAAUCUUGUGUCAUUAGCCUCAAUAGCAUUUGGGAAAACAAAACGUUGCAGCGGCGGCAGUUGAUUGGCGGUAUUCUUGGGCACAC